AUGACUGAGCUGCAGGCAACUAUUCGAUCGAAAUACUCUGGCAUCAUCGGAUACCAGUCCCGGCUCAAGCCCUAUUUAGCCACACAGCUCAAAGAUGCCGCCAAGGGCAAAGUGGUCCUUAUAACCGGGGCCGGUCGUGGUAUCGGUCAGGCGACGGCAAAAGCAUUUGCAGAAGCAUCUGCUUCGAGUCUCAUCCUGUGCGCGCUGGAAGACUCUGAGCUUAAAGAAACUGAGGUCAUGAUCAGAUCCAUUCGACAAAACAUCAAGAUAUUCAGCAGGGCACUGGAUGUAAGCAAGGAAAGCAGUGUGUCUGCUUUUGUUGCCGAUGCAGCGGCUUGGGCAGGAGGCAGCAUUGACGUGCUAUGUUGUGUUGCUGGUGUUGCUCCACCAAUGCAGGCAGUCACGGAAAGUGAGCCAUCGCGUUGGUGGAGGGGAGUGGAAAUCAACGUCUAUGGUGUUUACCUAUUCACACGUUUCGUCCUGCCGAUGAUGCGAGAGAAGAAAGAGGGCCGUGUCAUCAUUUUUUCGUCUUUGAUCAUCACUGGAAAACACCAAAACUCAUCCAGCUAUUCAGUGGGGAAGAUGGCUGUUGCUCACUUGGGCGAAUUGAUCCACGAGGAAUUACACGCAGAGGGCAUCUGUGUGUUUUCCAUCCACCCUGGUGGCAUUUUGACUCGACUGCUCACUGAUAUGGAGGAUAAUGAAAAGGGUGAGUGGGCCGCCAGGGCGUCGAAGGUAAUCCGACCUAUGUUGAAAGAUGACAUCUCACUGCCAGGCAACAGUUGCGUGUUCCUGGCCACUGGGAAGCUCGACUUCAUGAGCGGCAGGUUUAUUGAUUUCACUAUGGGCAUGGACCAACUGCUGGAAAACCGGGAGGCCAUUGAGCAGCACGAUCUAUUCAAGAUCGGGGUAGGCGCCAACUGGGACUCGGCUGGUGGAAUACAACUUUUUAAGUAUCAGUAG